CCGUAUUGGCCAACCAAUGUUGUUUUGUGUUUUUUGUUAAGUCAAUUUUCAUUGGCUGGUCGUUAACGUCAUACACACGCCUGAAUGUUUCGCUUACAGUCGGAUUUUGGAAUUUUAACUGUGUGCUUUUAACAGUUCUGUGAAUUUUAACAUUGUGGUUUGUGGGGAAUGGAGUCCCAAGAUCUAGAGGAAGUAGAGCUGCUCCAAGAGCACGAGAAACUGAAUGAGAUGCUGACCACGCUGAAAGACAUGAACUAUUCGGUCUCAACUCUGAUCGAGAUCAACAAGACGGUCGUACAAAGACAGCUGCGACUCGAGUCAAUGGUCGACACAGGUGGGGCCGGCAUCUCAACGGUCCGUGAAGCCGGGACCGGCGAGUCGACGGACGAUGACGUGUCUGGACCAGUGUCCCAGAAGUCUAAAAUGGACCGCCGAGUGCCAGAAAUAACGCCAGUACAAGCUGUGCCUGGGCCAUCAACCACAAGGUCUAAAAUGGACCGCCGAGUGCCGGAAGUGACGUCAGUACAAGAUGUACUUGGACCAGCAGUCCAGAGGUCUAAAGUGGACCGCCGUGUGCCGGCCCUGGGAUCUGGGCAAACUGCCACGUAUAUCCAGACCAUGAUUUUUGAGGCUUCCAAACCAGGUCCCGGUCUAAACAGUGCAAGGACCCGCGGAUCCAUUCGCCGAACGUAUGGGGCACCAAAAACUAGGCGCCAAGCAAAGUUAGCGGAAUCAAAGCUGAAACAAUGGGCCAGUCUGGCAGCUAGAGAGGGAUCCUGCACGUCUGAAGGUGCUGGGUGGGCGGCACCAGUCCCGAAAGACGCAGGUGGGCAGGAGCCAAGCACAUCAGAAGGUGCGGUACCAGCCCCAAGGGAGCCAGGCAGACAGGAGCCAAGCACGUCUGAGGGUGCUGGGUGGGCGGUACCAGCCCCUAAGGAGGCAGACAGACAGGAGCCAAGCACGCCCGAAGAAGCCUGGUGGGCGGCACUGGUGCCCCAGGAGCUGGGGACUCAGGCCACGGUCAAGCUGGCCAUCAGACAGUACACGGCCUGCCUGGCUGUCCGGCAGCUGCCCAGACCCACGUCAGAGGUGGACCAGCCGCACGGCCUCACCUACAGCAGACUGGUGGCUGUGGUUAAAACAGGAGUCAGGUCCAGCACGUCGGGCCCACCCUCCCUGGAUGACGUCAGAGAGGCGCUUAACCUGAGCGAUGUAGAGCUGUCGGACAGAGAACUGCUGAGUCUGGAGAGAAUCAGAAGAGUUCUGAAAAAGCAGGAGGAGAAGAAACUGAUGUAUAUAAACUUGAUAUUUUCAGGAGAAGAAAACUGUUGA